AUGUAUCAUCGAAUGUAUUUACGUCGAUGUUCAAUGUCAAGUAUAAGUGAAGAAUCCGAAACAGGUGAUGAUGAUCAUCUAGACGGAGAAAACACUGAACGUCAGACUAAUGAAAAUCAACCAGACAAACUCUCACCAAAUAACUUAAAUGUUGAAAAUUGCCUUGGAGAUUUGAAUGUCUUCAAAGAAGAAAUUCGAGAAGCUUAUGAAGAAUUAUCCACGUUAGAACGACAAGCACGACGGAAAACUGCUGCUGCAGCAUCUCGAAGUUUCGAUCUGGAUCAAGAAAAUGAACUUGAUAUUUUACUUGAUCAACUCGAAACACUUGAACAGCGAUUGGACGAAAGAAAAUACUCUCGGCAAGUAUGCGACUUCUCGCGAAAGAAAUCAAUUCCGUCAACCAUCCUCGCACAGUUCGAUGAGCUUGAUCAAACGUUAGCCACAUUGACAAACACGAUAAAAAAUGUGGAAAUUGAAUUCAAUGAUUCGGGAAAUAGUUCAUCAUCGUCAGCAACGAGUGAUUCAACUCGUCUGCAACAUCAUUGUGAAAAUGACGAACAUUUUUCUGAUAGUGGCUUGUCGCAAUCAACAGAUUCGAUUAAUAUACCAUUGAUAAGUCAACAGAUCUCCAAUGCGUCAAGCGUUAUUUCAUGUGAUACGAUAAAGAAUUCUUGUGAUGAAAACGAGAUUCGUCUAGCGUUAGAGAAAAUGCAUGAAGCAAAUAUCAAAAAGCUGUUUGUGAAAAUCCAUAAUGAAGAUCAAUCAACAAAGAACAUUCUCAUCGAUGAAACGAUGUCGAUCUAUCAUAUACUCAUCUUACUUUUUCACAAAUAUCACUUCAAACCAACAUUGAACUAUUCGAUCAUCGAAGAUCUUCCGGAUUUGCAUAUCUACCGAAUAUUUGAAGAUCAUCAGAACUUAAUCAACGAUGGAUUAAUCUAUUGGACACGUGAUACACACAAUCGAAUAUGUUUUCAAGAAUCUCCGAAUAAAUAUUUCAUCUUCCAAGAACCAAAAAAGUUCUUCUCAAACUACGAAAAGACUCCUAAUGACGUCCUAACCGAUUACAUUUCUUCGGAAGCCAUUCUUCUGCCGGAUGACAUCACCAGUAUCCUUUACAUCAAAGAUAAAAACCGCAAAUUGUGGAAAAAGUUCACAUGCAUUCUUCGUCAAUCGGGUAUUUACCAUUUACCGAAAACUUCCUCGUCCAGACGUGAUCUUAUUUGUCUAAUGAAAUUCGAUUCGAAUCUUCAAUUAUAUUACGCGAACAAUUGGAUUGAAUCAUUACGUUCACCCACAUCAUUUGGCUUUGCAUUAAAACAUGUUCACAUACAGAAGAAAUCCAACAAAUACAUUCACUAUUUUUGUACAAAUACUUUCGAAGAAUAUCAACGAUGGAUCAAUGGAAUUCGCAUCAUUUUCUAUGAUGUCCAGUUGUAUAAAAAUUACCAGCGAAUGAAAGGUGUGGUGGAGCAAGGCUUUGACAAUUUGGUUAAUCUCCUACCAAAUCAACAUCAUAUCAAUUUCAUUACAGCGAAUACGACAUCAAUGCAACAGUCAAUGUCAAAUAUAUCAUUACCAAUCAAUCAGAUUGUUUUCGAUUCUAUUGACUCACAUAAAUCUUUGAUUGAAAUUGAUAGUAUGCCGGAAAAAUAUACUUGUUUUUCAUUGGAUCGAUUAAAUUCAGCGAAAACAUCCUUCACACGUUCAACAUCAUUUCAAUCUUCUCUACGUCAUUCGAAAUCCAAUAAAAUAUUUCGUACGAAAUCGACUUCACCGUUAGAAACGUCGUCAACAACGAAUCACGAUGAAAUUAUUCUUAAACGUUCGAAAUCGACCAAAGAAAUCGCCAGUCGUUCUUUACCAACUGUUCAACGUGCGAAAUCGAACAAAAGUUCGUCAACUUCUUCGAUUAUUCCAUUCAUUAACCAAUGCAUUCAAACCGAUCGUACGCCAAUUCGUUUAAAACCACCUAAACGACCUCCGCCACCGCUUCCACCGAAACUCUCACCAAGCAUUAGUAAUCAUAUCUACGAUUCACUACAGGAUAGUCCUUCUUCGAUCAAGGAAGAUAAUCGAACAGUGUCAACUCCUCGUCUUUUAUCACCAAGAGUAACCGAACUGUAA